CAUGCGGAAGAUAAGGUGUUGUUCCUCUGAUUUGCGGUCUGAUUCACUGUGACAAUUGAGGAGGCUUAGGCUGGACAUGUUGUUGGAGAGGGAGUGGGAAGGGGAGUUGAAAUGGGUGGUGACCGGGAGGUCAGGCUGAAAUGAUUGGUGAAACGUUCUCUUAGUUUAUGUUUGAUCUCACUAAUGUAAAGAAGACCACAUCGGAAGCACCGGAUGCAGUAAACUAGGUUGGAGGAGAGGCAGUGAACCUCUGUUUCAUGUGGAAGGACAAUUCGGCCUUUUGACUGACUCACCAUCUAACACACUGACACAUUUUCAAAUAGUGAAAUGGCAGUAGCAGCAAUUUGUACCAUCUGCAGCACUGAUGCUUUGUAGCAACUGAACAUGGCUCCUCCAAAAGCACUUUUCACACUUGCAAGCUCUACCACCUGGAAGGACAAGGGCAGCUCUACUGACCUGGGGACAUGUCCUCAGACCUUGGCUUCCUGGAAGAUGAGGAUCUGGAUGGAGGAAAGAAAGUUGCCACAUUGUCUGCUCCUGGACACCAUUCAGUAUCUAUGCUUUAAGCAGAUGGAAUGUGACAGUCAAGUGAGGAAAAAGGGCUUGCAUCUGAUACCUCAAACCAGGAAGUAGCAGACUGGUAUCACUGUGGAACAGUCUGUAACUGAGGAGUCAGCCCCUUUAUCAAAGGAGAGUGAGUUGGAGGAAAUCAUGUUUCCUUUUCCUGUUUUACAGAAGGAUUGUACUACAGCAGAGAAUUGAGAGAGAAAGACACCGUGGAUAGAUUUUGACCGUCACCCAAGGAACAUUGCUCAAUACAAAGAAGGUUGGGUAAUUAGGGGACUUAUGACUUCUUAUUAGGUCUGAAACUGGUCAGUGGUGUGGGCCUUCCAUCUAAACACCUUUCUGAAGGUUUGGCUCUGGGUGAUUGGUCAGGGUGAGGAAGAGGUGUUUGACAACUUCAAAAAUUCAUCGAGCCUCAUGACUUGUUCCUACAGGUGAAAGCCGCUCAUGUUAGGUGUCUGAGUAGGGCACACAAUGUGCAUCUGUUCUAACCAUUGUUAAAACAAAGGCAGCUACAUGGAGAAGAAACCCUUCAAGUGUGAGGUUUGUGCUAAAGCCUUUGUGACAUCUUCAAGCCUUCUGAUGCAUCAGAGGAUUCACACAGGGGAGAAGCCAUUUAGGUGUGAAGUGUGUGAAGCGUGUUUCACCCAAUCCUCCAAUCUACUUACACACCGGCGGAUUCACACUGGGGAGAAACCUUACACAUGUCAAGUAUGCAACAAAUCAUUCUUACAGUCAUCGAGCCUUCGCAGACACCAACGCAUUCACACAGGGGAGAAACCAUUCAAGUGUGAGAUGUGUAACAAAUCAUUUUCACGGUCAUUGACUCUUCUUGAUCACCAACGUAUUCACACGGGGGAGAAACCAUUCACGUGCGAGGUCUGUGACAAAUCAUUCUCAAGGUCAUCAACCCUCCUCGAACAUCAACAUAUUCACACUGGGGAGAAACCAUUCAUGUGUAAAGUGUGUAAUAAAUCAUUCACACGGUGUUCUGACCUGCGUGUACACCAGCGCAUUCACACUGGAGAGAAGCCAUUCAGGUGUGAGGUGUGCAACAAGUCGUUCUCUGAUUCCUCAGCCCUCCGGGAACACCGUCGUAUUCAUACAGGAGAGAAACCAUUCACGUGCAAAGUGUGUAACAAAUCAUUCACUCAGUCGUCAACACUCCUUGUUCACCAACGUAUUCACUCAGGAGAAAAACCAUUCACAUGCGACAUGUGCAGCAAAUCAUUCUCACAGUCUCGGACUUUCCGUGUACACCAAUGCAUUCACCCAGAAGUAGCCAUUCAAGUAUGAAAUAUACUUCCAAGUUUGCAAAGCUCCUCUUCUAACACAGUUCUCAUAGGAGAAGCCAUUCAUACUCAAUGUGUGUGAUAAAUUAUUGUCACCUGUCUUCGAACAUUUGCGUGGGGGAAACAAUUCACAUGCGAGCUGCACAGCAAAUUUCCAAAUUCAUUGAACUUGUGUAAUCAGCAAAGUACAGGAGAACCUCGAUUUAUCCGAAUAUUAAGUAUCUGAAUUUUGGAUUAUCGAAACAGGAUCUCAAGGUCCCGCAAAAACGUUACAUUAAAGUGUAAGUGAAUUACCCGUACUGAAGAACAUGUGAAAAUGUUGGCAAAAACAAAGAAACACAAGCACCUCAAGCAUCAGCGACUGGAUUUUUUUUACAUAAGUUAUACAGCCCUUUACAAAAAAGGAUUGCACCAGACUACACCAGAGAACACCAUGAGGAUAGACAGUGCAGAUAGAUCCUGACCAUCACCCAAGGACCAACUCCACAACUGUGAGAAGACAUCCAGUCCCUUCACAACAUUGCUUAACACAGAGAGGGCUGGACCAUGCAACUAUCAUCUGGAAAUCAGUUAGGUCAUGGGAGCUUUGACAUAUUGUCAGAUCUAAAACUGGCCAGUAAUGAUGUGGACCUUUCCAUCUUUCUGAAGGUUCGGCUGUGAAUGAUCAGUCAGGGUGAUGUUGGGAAGAAUUGUGAGUGGCUCCAAUCAUUGAUCGAGCCUCAUGAACCACUGAUACAUUCCAACAGGUGAAAGAGUGUUCAAGUGUGAGGAGGAUUGGCUCAUUUAAAAGAAAAAUUGUGUUUCUCCAAUCAUCCUGUUCAGGGAUGUUAUCGCACACUUUUGGAGCAGGUGGGACUUGAACUCGGGCCUCUCUGUCCACUGUGUCGGAGAGGAUCCAAGACAGGCACGUAAAAUCUCUUGACAGUCUAUUUGCACCUGUUGUAAUUCAGCUGAUUAGUCACAUGGAAGAGAAACCAUACACGUUUGAGGGAUGUGACAGAACCAUUGCAAAUUCUUCAAAGCUCAUGAAGCACUAAGGCAUUCACAAAGGGGAGAAACCAUUUGAAUGUGAGGUCUGUCAGAAAGGCUUUGCAGAAUCAUGGGACCUGGGUGAACCACUGACAUGUUCACACAGGAGAGAAACUAUUCAUGUGCGAUUUGUGCAACGAAAUCAUUCUCAGACUCAUCUAAACUCCAUGCACACCAAUGGAUUCACACAGAGGAGAAACAGGAGAAACCAUUCACUUGUGAAGUUUUUGAUAAAGGUUUUGUGACAUCUUCGAAUCUCCUCAUGCACCAGAGGAUUCACACUCGAGAGAAACCCUUCAGGUGUGAGGUUUAUGAGAGCAAUUUCACCUUCUCCUCUGAACUGGUGACACACCAGAGGGUUCACACACCGGAGAAACCAUUCAAUUGUGAGCUGUGUGACAAAUCAUUCACAUGUUCAUCAGCCCUCCACUCACAUCAAUCCAUUCACACAGGGGAGAAAUGGUUCACAUGCAGCUCGUGCAACAAAUCAUUCUCAGACUCAUCAAACCUCCACAGGCAUCAAUGCUUACACGCAGAGAAAAGCAGUUUAUAUAAAGUGUACAUCAAAUAGUUUUACUCAUGAAAACACUUAGAGUCACAGAGAUGUACAGCACGGAAACAGACACUUCAGACUAACUCGUCCAUGCUGACUAGA